AUGUAUCACGUAUUCUCAUCCUCAUUUUGUUCCGGUUUCUUCGACCAACCCUGCACACAGGAUGUUUUGCAAGAUAUUUGGACUGAACGCAAAUCCCUCAAUCUGAUCUCAUCGCAUUCGCACUACAAUGUGGUCGAUUCGGUCGAACUGAUCCCCGCGAACGGACGUGUACGGUCGCGUAGUUCCUCGAUUGGGUCCGGAUCGCUUUCCUCGCUGCCGCAACGAUCUCCAUCACCCAAUGAACUGCGUGAAAUUCAGCUGUCCGAUUUGGGAACUCACGGGGAGUCAGAUGAGCUAGAUCAGCUGGUUGAAAAUCCCCGACGUCGAAUGACUCCCGGUGAAUAUAUGAAUGUUGUUCUCUCUCGACACUUCGAUCGUGUCGUGUUUGAUGACACAUUGUCCGGUCUGCAAAAGGUACGCCAAUAUUUCCGAUCGUGGCGAACAAAAUCGCGCGCCAACCUAGACGUAAACAACAACAACAACACCAAUAGUGAUAAUAGACAUCAAUCGGUUGGUGGUAACCAAAAUCCCGGUUUCACAUUUGCGGUACAUCAUCGAGAUGAUAUCGAGGACUCGGGAAUUGUGCAUUCCACAUCGAUCUCAUCCUAUCCACCUCUGGGUCCACACUAUCACCCGAACAAAUUGAUUCGUGUGGGACGAUCGCGUUCGCCGUACUUUGACAUCUGGCCGUUCAAUUUGUUCGCACUGAUUAACCUGUCCCAGUCGUCAAUCACGAAUCCAAUCAGCACAGUCAACCCGACGGAAUUAUCAUCCAUGCCGGGUGAACUGUCAUACGAAUUGGAUCGAACUGGGCUCUUUUUGCUCCAACUCGCCUGUCUUGUGGCUCGAUCGCCCUCUUGGCGCAAGCGACGUUAUCCACCCCAGUUGCGCGUGUUCUUCCCACUACUGGGUAGCUCGGAUAGGAACGCCUCAGGCGAGACGGUCGAUUCGGCCCCCCAGAUGGCAUAUUUAUGGUUGAGUCGCCUGCUCAAUGAGCUACGAAUCACGGCUGCUAUUCAACUGGUCACAUUAGAACGGUUCACUUCAACCUCCGGCGCGGGAAUGGAUGCGAAUAAAGAGGACACGACGGGAAUUCGGGAGUUGAAUCAAUUUAUUUUGUCCAAUUGUCACCCGGAUACCACCGCAUUGUUUGUCUAUCUACCGAGGCCACCGGAACAAACGGGAUCGGACGCGGCUCAGCUCUAUUUGAAGCAAUUGGAUAUGCUCACGGAAAAUUUACCACCCACCCUACUGGCACACGGUUUGCAUGAUGUGACUUCCACUGCAUUGUAG